GGUAGACACAUGCCCGAUAAAAUUAAUAGAGUUUUAUAAUCACAACAAGUAUAACUAAAGAGGGAAAUGGAUUGUGUUCUUCGAUUCUCCGUCGAUCCAGUUAGGUCUACUACUACUAUAUAAAGAGAGUUAUCGUACAGUACUUCAAUUUCAAGCCAAUAUAGUCUCUCUUUCAAGGAAAGAAAAUAUUUUUCAUUUUCAGUGACAAUGAACUCGAUAGGUAUUUCAUACUUUCUUCGUCCUAUUGGAUUGAUGCAGUACGAAGAAGUAUUUAAAAAUAAAGGAUACGACAUAGAAAGUGACUUUCCAACACUGAAUGAGGAAGAUUUAGAUCACAUGAGGAUUGACGAUAAAGUGCAUCGUCGACUCAUUUUAGAAGCAGCUAAAACGUUUGAGCCGUCGGAGCAUUUCAAAGUGUUUCUAUGGCUACGGGAAAAUGGGCUGGAUUACUAUUUUGUGAACUUUAUGAACUGUGACAUAGAUAACAUACGAGCAGCGACAGACUUAGAAGUGAAUGAUACCAGUUUACACGACCUCGAAGUACACCUGCCUAGCCACCGAAAAAGACUCCAUUUAGCAGUUCAGAAAUUGCGAAAAAGACAGAAGUUUGAAUGGCUUCCAGAAAAUAUAAUUGCUAUUGGAUAUUGGGGACGACCACGUGCGUUAGAGGGCGCUAACUAUGAGUUUUUGUGCGUUCAAGCAACUAUAAAGUCUCGGCACCCAGAAGACCCGACGUUCGAAGAAGAGUUUAUGGUUGAUAGUGGUAGUGACGUGGUUACCGUAAAACAAGAGUUGCUAGACCGCUUAAAUUUGGAACAUAUAGGACCAAUCCAAAGCCGAGGCGUCCACUCCACUGUUGAGAAGCAGUUGUACAAAGCAUUCCUUGUGUUUGGUCGGGACACAGAAAUUGAAGUGGAGGUGAUGUCGGAACCUUAUAACUCGAUUGGCAAUCGUAUAAUGCGUCAAUUUCGUCACGUGAUUGACAACCGCAGCCAUUUUUGGCUUCCCGUUGACACCUCAUCAGAUUCCGAUGAGAGUAGCUCAGAAAGUCACCAUGAGCCUGUACAUGCGCACCCUACUGCAGGUCAGGCUGCCGGAUCAACUUCUGAAGGGCAGGGAGAUGUUCGCACACCAAGUACUACACAGACACAACAAUCUACCUCCGUUACUAAAGAGCAAGCGCCAUCAUCGUCGGAGAAUAUACCUCAAAGUGGAACCAGUACAGAGAUACCAAAAAAGACAGCACCGGAUAGUUAAUGAUUAUAAUGAUGUAUUGCUAGUUUUCAUUCGCUACAGAAUAAAAGAAAUUACUGGUCUUUUGUUAGAUGCAACCAGUUAUAUUCUCAUUCUUAACAAUUCAUUCCAACAAUGUUCUCAGCAAUAUACACAUUCCAUUGCAAAACAAAUAUUUGAAGAUAAAGUUCAGGCGUAUGUUGUCCUAAUAAUUAUAAAGACCCAGGUUGCAAUCGUAGUUAGGAUUUUCUGUCCAUUUUUUUUAAAUAAUUAUUAUAGUCGCUCAAUCGCUCAAUGUAUAACGGCAUUAAUUUACAUUAAUACUUAAGAGUUUGAAGAUAAUUUUGUAUUAUUAUUAUUAUUAUUAUUAUUAUUAUUAUUAUUAUUAUUAUUAUUAUUAUUAUUUUAUUUAUUUAUUUAUUUUUUUAUUUAUAUUUUAUUUUAUUUUAUUUUAUUUAUUUAUUUUAUUUUAUUUAUUUAUUUAUUUAUUUUGUAUAUUUUAAUUAUUAAGAAUUGCUUCUUUUACUCCCUACUCCUAAAGGCCUAGGUUAGUUAUAGGUACUAAUGAAUUCGGAUUUGUAACUAUUUUAAGAGGGCCAUAUUCGGUCUCAGCAGCUGUUCUAAAAUAAACAAAACAUUUGGCGGCACGUAAAAUUAAGCAAUUGCAUUGGCAGAUCUGAGAAUUCGAAAUAGAGGGUCAUGGGAGGGACUUUUACAGGCGGAGGAUGUAGACCACCUCAGCUGAGGUAAAAAGUUUGUGAUUAUAGCAUCUCUAGAUGGCCGGAAAUGGCACUCUCAUACUUAUAAUAUAAUUAAUAUGAUUUCAUUUUCUCUAUUUUUAUAAUUUUGUAAAAAGGGGGUCGGGUCGGCUGGGGCACUGUAUUGAAAUCAACACAGUAAUCAAUAAUUACUCUUUUAAAACCGAAUAACAUUGAGAAACCAGCUGGCCGGUGUUUUUUUUUUUUUUGUUUUUUUUUUUUUUUAAUUUUAAUUAAGUUGGAAAUUAUUUUAAAUCAAUAUUUUUAGGUCUAUUUAUGGAUGAGUCCGAUUACAGCCCUGGGAUCAUCAUCCUUAUUAUAAUUACCAUUUGUCUUUAUCAUUACUACUGUAUUAUCAUUACCGUAUUACAUCACCAUAGGGCAUUAUGGUAGAUUAAAGAAUAGGCCUACGAAGCUCCGUUGUCUGUGUUAAAGCUGUCUAACAAUGAAUGAAAAGCAGAGUUAGAAUACGCCUUCUUGAACCUGGGAUUACACCAAAAUAAGGCCAAAAAACCAAAUUGAUUUCUCUCCUCCAACCGCCACUAAUUCACUAAAAAAAAAUUAGGGGUGGAAAAACAAAAAAAAAA